AUGGAAAAGUGAAAACAAAAUUCACUUGAAGUUAAUAAUCUGCAAAAUGGAUUUUCUUCUUACGAAACUCGUUAUGGUGUUCCCCAAGUGUUUCCCAAUUCAUUAAGUGCUGGAAGAUAACAAUUUCAACAUAAAAGAGCUUCACAGGAUGAGAAUCUUGGGGUGCAGCGACAUUUGCAGUAUAUUCACACGAAAGAAAAAAAUUAAUACAGCUUCGGAAUCCCAAUUAGCAAGAUGUCUUUCAACCCUGGACCUAACAGCUUUAGGAAUCGGAUCCACACUCGGAGUAGGAGUCUACGUGUUGGCUGGAUCGGUAUCUCGUGAUACGGCUGGCCCAGCUGUUAUCAUUUCUUUCGCUAUCGCAGCAUUAGCGUCAAUGAUAGCAGGUCUAUGCUAUGCAGAAUUUGGUGCAAGGGUACCAAGAGCUGGUUCCGCAUAUGUUUACAGUUACGUGACGAUGGGCGAAUUUGUCGCUUUCCUCAUCGGGUGGACCCUCAUUUUGGAAUACGUUAUCGGAUCAGCAAGUGUCGUGCGUGGUUUGAGUACUUAUGUCGAUGCUCUUUUCAAUAAUUCGAUGAGAAAUGCAUUCAAAUCUGCUGCCCACAUCGACAUUAGUCACCUUUCAUCUUAUCCAGACUUUUUUGCAUUCGGGGUAACGAUCCUUUUCUCUGCGGCUCUUGCCUUUGGAGCAAAGGAAUCUUCUCUGGCAAAUAAUAUAUUCACUGUCGCAAAUCUCUCGGUAGUUAUUUUCGUCGUUAUUGCUGGAGCUUUCAAAGCUGACCCAGCGAAUUGGAACACUCAUCCACCAUGUACAGACGAAGAUUGCAAACAAGGAAAAGGAGGCUUUGCUCCUUAUGGAAUCGCCGGAAUUAUAUCCGGCGCUGCGACAUGUUUCUAUGGGUUUAUCGGAUUCGAUUGCGUUGCCACUACUGGAGAAGAGGCCAGAAAUCCCCAAAAAUCAAUUCCAAUUGCGAUCGUGGCAUCUCUCUCGGUUGUUUUUUUAGCAUAUUUUGGGGUUUCUGUGGUCCUUACGAUGGUCUUGCCUUAUUACGAACAAAAUCCAGACGCACCAUUUCCUCAUCUUUUUGAUAAAAUCGGAUGGGAAUGGGCCAAGUGGCUCGUAAGUCUUGGGGCAAUAUGCGGUUUGUGUUCCAGCCUGCUCGGAGCCAUGUACCCGUUGCCGCGGGUGAUCUACGCGAUGGCAUCCGAUGGUCUGAUCUUCAAGUGGAUGGGAAAAGUGAACCCGCGAUUCCACACACCGCUGAUGGGGACCCUCUCCGCAGGUUUACUCACAGGAGUCCUCGCAGCCAUUUUUGAACUGAACCAGCUAGUUAACAUGAUGAGCAUCGGUACCCUUCUGGCCUAUUCCAUUGUGGCGGCCUGCGUCCUCAUUCUACGAUACGAAGAGAGCGAGGUGAGCGAGAAGAAAAACGAUAACACCGCACUCACAGCCUCAUCAGUCCUAAAGCUGAUUAUAAACGCCAACAAAACAACCCAUGCAACGAAGCUUUCAGCUAGACUUGUUACGUCACUCGUUUUUCUCUACUUCAUCCUCUGUGUCUGCUUCACAUCCUUGGUCGCCAGAUUCACACACGACAUUAACAAUCUCGAAAUGUGGAUCAUUGUCCCAAUGAUUUUUCUGAUAAUUUCUCUAGUCACUGUACUUUUUUGCAUAUAUCUGCAACCAGUUUCUGGAACAAGACUCACAUUUUCUGUUCCUCUCGUGCCAUUUUUACCAGCUCUCAGUAUUUUAAUCAACGUUUACUUGAUGAUGAUGCUGGACAUAAUGACGUGGGUGCGUUUCGGCGUCUGGAUGAUAGUUGGUCUUCUCAUUUAUUUCUUCUACGGAGUCAGGCAUAGCGACAUUUCUGUAAGAAAAAUUUCAAUGAAAUCUAUUCGCUUGGAUGGAAGAAAAAACGUAGACUCACCUAAGUUUACGUGACCAGCACCACCUCUAUUUUCUCACGAAUCACCGAACUUUUCGGAGAUUUAUAAACACAUGACUGUCGGAUAUAUAUUUAAAAACUGUGAUCCAAGAUCAGUUAUGGUAUAGAGUAUAUCAAAAUCGACUAGUGAAAACGAUUUUUACUUAAAUAAUUUUUUAAGCUACUGUUAAAUUCCAAGUGGCCGUCUAUAAACUACGUUAUCAAUUU